GGGGGUGGUGCAGGAACCCCGCACCCCACUCCUGCAGCCCGGGAAGCGCCACUUGCCUGCGAGGCCGCGGCCCGGAAGGGGCUGCCAGGGGCCGCGGGGCGAUGGGCAGGGGAGGCACCGGGGACACCGAGCGGCGGCCGGGCCGCUCCGGGCACGGGGGGCGGGCAGGGCCGUCCCACUCCGACCGCCAGAGAUCCGCGUCUCCCGCUCCAGCCCCGCCCGCCGCGCCCCGACAGCAUUGCCGGGACCCGGAUGGGGCCGCGCCCCCUAAGCGGUGCCCGGAUGGAACCGUGUUUGGAGCCCACCCCGCUCCUCGCCGCACCGCCCGAGGGCCCCGCAGCCGCCGUUCACCCCCAGACACCCCGGAGCUCAUCCUCGAGGUGUGGCGCGGCCCUCCGGUGGCCGGAGCGGUACCGCCAGCACCCACAGCUGCCCCGGAUCCAGUCCCACGGGCUGCUUCCUGCGGCCGCCCCGCCUCUCCAUGGCGGUGCCUGCCGCGGGUCCUGCCGGGAAGGGAGCGGCGCGGCUCGGCCUCGCAGCCUGAGCGGCGGCGCCGCCAUGUCCGGGAGCAGCAGCGCCGGCGAGUGGUGCCUCAUGGAGAGCGACCCGGGUGUCUUUACCGAGCUCAUCAAGGGCUUCGGCUGUAGAGGAGCACAAGUUGAAGAAAUAUGGAGUUUGGAGCCAGAGAACUUUGAAAAAUUGAAGCCAGUACAUGGGCUGAUUUUUCUCUUCAAGUGGCAGCCUGGAGAGGAGCCAGCAGGUUCUGUUGUCCAGGAUUCCAGACUGGAUACAAUAUUUUUUGCUAAGCAGGUCAUAAAUAAUGCCUGUGCAACUCAAGCCAUAGUAAGUGUGCUGUUAAACUGUGCUCAUCAAGACAUUCAUCUAGGAGAGACCUUGUCAGAGUUUAAAGAAUUUUCCCAAAGCUUUGAUGCUGCAAUGAAAGGUUUGGCACUGAGCAACUCAGAAGUGAUUCGGCAAGUUCACAACAGUUUUGCCAGACAACAGAUGUUUGAGUUUGAUGCAAAGUCUUCAGCAAAGGAAGAAGAUGCCUUUCACUUUGUAAGCUAUGUUCCUGUUAAUGGGAGGCUAUAUGAGCUAGAUGGCUUAAGGGAAGGACCAAUUGAUUUAGGUGCAUGCCGUCAGGAUGACUGGAUAAGUGCAGUGCGGCCCGUCAUAGAGAAGCGCAUACAAAAAUACAGUGAAGGUGAAAUAAGGUUUAACUUGAUGGCUAUUGUGUCUGACAGGAAGAUGAUAUAUGAGCAAAGGAUUGCAGAGCUACAGCAGCAACUGGCAGAGGAGGAGCCUAUGGAUACAGAUCAAAGUAGUAAUAUGUUAAGUUCUUUACAAUCAGAAGUUGCAAAAUACCAGAUGUUAAUUGAAGAAGAGAAUCAAAAAUUAAAAAGAUAUAAGAUCGAAAAUAUUAGAAGAAAACAUAACUACCUGCCUUUCAUCAUGGAAUUAUUAAAGACUCUAGCAGAGCACCAGCAGUUAAUACCAUUAGUAGAAAAAGCAAAAGAAAAACAGAAUGCCAAGAAAGCUCAGGAGGCCAAAUGAAGAUGACUUUGCAAAACACAUACUUGCUUCUCAUACUAUUUUCAUGACAACAAAUAAAACUUUUCAUAAACUUCAA